AAGUAGUCUUGUAGGUUGUCUUCAUUUGCACCAUCUCUCCGUGCUGCUUGCAUUUUAGUGUCGAGCUCUUCAACGUACAGACAAGCAAGCCCACAAGAGAUGUCCAGCAACACGAACAGCACGAAUGCGAAGCCCGCCGGCCGCAGCGAGCGUCGCAAUAGACAGCGCGCCAAGGACUUUCACCAUCGCUACCUAGCGCUGUGCCGGUCGAAGAACUUCCAUCCGUUGCCGGAAAUAGUGAAAACCAAAAAGAAGAAUCAAUCCUUCCUGGACGUGUACGGUGAUCGGUUCAAGUGCUACGAUUGGCAGCUGAUCACGGACGCGCUGCGGGAGGACAAUUCCCUGAACAAUGUGGCGCUGCGUUUGCGAAAAACCUACGCGGAAGGUGCGGAUGGAUUAGUGCCACACAGCGUUCACGAAGGGAAUGGUGCAGAGAAAACCCCACUGAUAGACAAACGUACCUUCAAGCAGCUGGUGGAAACGCUGGCGACCUUUCUGCGCACCAACAAGGUGGUGGAGCACUUCACGAUCGAAGGCUUCCCGUUGGCAGGUGUACGGCUGUGUACGCUUAUAACGGGGCUGUCGCAAAACACUUCCCUGACCGAGCUGAACCUUGCGCGCUGCUCGAUCGGCGACGAAGGUUGUAAAGCGCUGUGCGCCGAGAUAAAGUUUCUGCCCAACCUGCAGCUCCUCAAUCUGACCGCGUGCCAGCUGACCGUAAAAGGGUGCCAGGCCGUGGCGGACGUGAUCAAGUUUCAGAAGAUGCAGCGCUACGCCACGAGCUGGGAGCAGUCGCUGCGGUACGGUGACAUUAAGGAGGAUAAGCUAAUGGGUUUGCGAUAUCUGUACCUGAGCCACAACCCGGCGAUCGGCGACUACGGUUUGCUCGAGCUGACCGACGUCUUGAAGGACGAUGCCUGGGUGCGGCAGAUACACGUGUGCAACUGCGGGCUGACCGAUGUGGCGGCCCAGUUUCUUACGGAAUGUUUGAACAUGAACGCGUCGAUCGAAAAGUUCGACAUACGCGAUAAUAUCAAAAUCUCGAACGAAGCCUGCCACGAGAUACUGGUGAAGCUGGGAGCGAACGUGGACGAUGAUGGUUCCGACACGGCGUCGGCCUCGAAGAAGAGCCCGAAGACGCUGGCGAGCCUCAGGGAACACUGCGAGUACCUGGAGAUGCAGCUUGACUCGGAGCGCAAUCGAAAUGGUCAGUUGGAGUCAACGGUGGAACAGUUGCACCUACAAAUCGGAGACUACGCAGUACAGAUGAACGAACUCCAGCGGGAACUGGGUACACUUGUGAAAUCCCGCAAUGAACUGUUGGAGAGACUGAAAAAGCUGGAGAACAAAACCUCCAAAAAGAAGGGAGCUGGAUGCAGUUUGCGUAGGACACACAGUGAUGCGAUGGCAUCGGUCAAUCACGAAGCAAUCGAAACGCUUAUGGUGGCCACCACCUCCAAGUCGGAAGCUGUCGUCAAAAAGGACCACCAUUCCCGGGAGCCACAGCAAGGUGGCAGCAGCCUUCCAUCGGUAGGUCGCAUCAUUGAACGAUCCAUUGGAGACUGUGGUGGCGCUGGUGGUGGUGAGCACGAGAUGGCGUUGCUGAUGGAUCCCGUUUCGGAGAAGUUUUAAAUCGUGUGGCUUAUAUCACCGCCAAAGUGUCAAAAUUGUCACUAAUGUGUGCGUUUUUUUCUUCUAGAAAGCAUAUUUCGCUACUCCAUUAACACCAAA